GACAAAACAAACUUUAUUCUGAUAAUGAUAAUGAACAAAUAAGUAAUAAAUCCAGGAAAGAAGACAAGGUACAAGCAGAGAUAAUCGAGAUGCCAUGCAGUAACCCUUCCACCAAACACCAACCUUUUAACUUUAUCCUUCUUCCACAUUUCCAUGUCCCUACUCUUUCUUUUCUCUUUAUCUCUCUCUCUGACUUCCUUUUAAUUUCACAUGAUGUUCAUUCUUCUUUGGAGAAGCAUUUGCCGUCUCACUCUGAUCGAUUCAAAUAUUCACACCAAUUCCUUAAACUACACAACAAAAAAAUGGCAAAUACUUUCUUUCGUCCAUCUUUCUCUUCUUUCUUCUCUACUCUCUUCCUCUUACUUCACCUUGGCUGCUUCAUCACCUCCUCCUCUAGAAAACGAAAACUCUCUUCUCAAUCUCAUCACGAUUCACCACCACCGUCUUCCUCUCGUCUCAAACUCUCAACAACGAACCCUUUUUCCACUUCCUGGUCUUACAUCAGACGUAUCUUCUCAUCAAACAAACCAAAUUACCCACUGCAGAAAGCUAACAAACCUUCUUCAAUCCCAUCUCCGUCUUCUUCUACAAGGUCCUUACAAAAACCCAUUUCAGCAAAUGAUCCAAUAGCCCACUCCGUUACUCCAACACCCGAAGCUGAGAUUACCUCCGAUCAGUUAUUCCUCCCUUUACGUAACGAUAUCUACCCGUGUACACUAUGUGGUGAAGUAUUCCAAAGUCCAAUUCAUCUCGAGCAACACCAGUCAAUUAAACAUGCAAUUUCUGAGCUUACAGAUGGUGAUUCUGGUAACAACAUAGUCCGGAUCAUUUUCCAAACGGGUUGGCCCGAUAAAGCGGCGAAGAACCCGAACAUCCGUCGGAUCCUGAAGAUACACAACAGCAAACGGAUUUUGACCCGGUUUGAAGAAUACAGAGAAAGCGUUAAGUUGAAAGCAAGUCGAAACGCCGUCGUUAAGAGGGACGAAAGGUGUGCAGCUGAUGGCAAUGAGCUGUUAAGGUUCCAUUGUAGCACUUUCAUGUGUGAGCUAGGGCAAAAUGGUCAUUCCAGCAUUUGUACACAGCAGUAUUGUAGUGUAUGUGGAAUUAUUAAAAGUGGGUUUUCACAUAAGAUGGAUGGAAUUUCCAUGCAACCUACCAGCUGGAGGGGACACGUGUCGGUGCCUGAGGAUAUCGAGGAGGAAUUCGGGUUCAUGAAUGUGAAAAGGGCGAUGUUGGUGUGUCGGGUCAUUGCGGGUCGGGUCGGGUGCGAUCCGGGUUAUGUGGAUAAAGAGGAUUCCGGGUAUGACUCGCUUGUGGGUAGUGGAAAUGGGGUCCACACGAGAUUGGAUGAAGAAGAUGAGCUAUUGGUAUUUAAUUCUAGGGCUGUACUUCCUUGUUUUGUUAUAGUGUACACUGUAUGAAUUAGUGUUUGUUUACAAUAAUUUAAUGUGAUGUGUGUUCUUCCAUGAGAAAUUUGGUGUAGUGCAACAACUUUAUAUAAGUAGUAAAAAUAGAUUACCAGUGUGACUACAACUAAAUGUUGAUGUUAUGCA